AUGGAAUCGGUCACCUAUAUCUUAUCUGCCCUCUCUAGUGAUAUGGGCUAUGACAAAACCAAAUUAAUUCGCAUGAAUCUGAAUAAGAUUCGCAAUGAUUAUGAAAGACGUCUUAGAGAAGCUGAGCGCCAGGCGGAGCGGGAAAGGAGAGAGAAUGCACUUGAAGAGGAAGAAUACGAUAACAAUUCCAACGAAACGCAAGAGAAGAACAAGCGCAAGCGAAAGGAGGCAGCCACCUUAGCGAAAGUCAAGCAGAGCAAGGAAUUAGCUCGUCGUAAGGCUCGACGUGCUGGCGAACCAGACGACGACGAUGAUCCGAUCGCAGGGAUGAUGUACCAGAAAUCGCGACCCCUACCUGGCCAACUGGAGAACUGCGAGAUUUGCAGCAAGCGAUUUACAGUCACUGCCUACAGCAAAACUGGGCCUAACGGUGGUCUUCUUUGUGCAAAGUGCUCGAAAGAGAUAGCCGAUGAAGAGAAGAAGGCGAAGCCCAAGAAAACCGGACCAAAGAGUGGUCGUCGCCAGAAUCAAAGCAAUCUGCUUGACGGACUUGUUCAACGGGGCGCUCAGAGUCUUGUUGAGAUGUGCACAAAGGCAAGAAGAUCGAUCAAUGGGCAUAAAGUAGCUGAUAACAUCAAUGAUGUGGAGGAGUUUGGAGACUUGCCGCCACAGCUACUCCAUCGCCUUAGUCAAAUCUUGUCAAAAAGGCGCGUGAUUACUCCGAGGACGCUUCAGCUCUUCCUCCGUCCUGACCUCGAUUCUAUUGACAUCUACGACUGCGCCAAACUCGAGACCGAGGACUACGAGAAGAUUUUCGCAUUCAUGCCAUCGUUAGUGCACGUCAAUCUACGGUUUGCCAGUCAGAUGAAAGAUAAGGUCAUUGAAUAUAUGAUGGAUCGUAAUCCCAAAGUCAAGCAUCUGCAACUAGAUGCGGCCAAUCUUGUUUCUGAUACUUGCUGGCGGCAACUUUUCAUCAAGUUAGGUGCACAGUUCGAGAGCUUGAAAUUGUCCAAUCUCGAUUCUUCGCUGGACGAUGAAACCAUUGAUGUGAUGAGCAGACAAUGCACGAAUCUUCGUCGUCUAAAGCUAAAGGAAUGUUGGAAACCCGGUGACAAGUCACUCGAUGCGAUUUCUCGCCUACCCAAGCUGGAGCAUUUAUCGCUCGAGUUCCUACGAGAGACGCAAUGUGAGAAUGUGGUGGGGAUGAUUGAGAAGCUUGGGCCCAAUCUGCAGACACUCUCUCUACAAAGCUUUCAUAAUGCCGACGACAGACUACUGGAAACUAUCCAUCGUCAGUGCCAGAACCUUUCCAAGCUUCGUCUGGCUGAUAACGCCGUGUGCACGGACAAGGGGUACGCGAACUUGUUCACAGACUGGUCAAACCCGCCUUUGAGGUUUGUCGACCUCUCCUCGACGAGAGAUGUCGAUAACGCCAAUCCGGACGGACCAGCAGAACCCGUCGGGCUAGCAUCACAGGGAUUUGUGGCCUUGAUGAAGCAUUCGGGAUCCAAGAUUGAGACGCUGAACAUCAGCUCGUGUCGUCAUAUCUCGCGGGCGGCGUUUGAAGAGGUUUUCAACAAGGACCAGACGUAUCCACAACUCAAGGAACUCGACAUAUCCUUUCACACGACCAUUGACGAUUAUCUCGUCACGUCGAUCUUCAAGUGUUGCCCUGCGAUCAAAAAGCUCGUCGCAUUCGCCUGCUUCCGAGUCAGGGACGUGCGUGUUCCCGUCGGGGUCGCAUUGAUUGGUGGUCUGAGAGCGCAAGACUCGAUUAUCGUCGAGGGAGAUUUCCAGGGAGAGCUUUCGUAG